AUGGCAAACCCAGCACUAUCAGCCCCCGGAAGUAGUGUCUACGCAUCCGACACUAUGUACGUGGGAGACGGAACCUGGGAUUCGUCAAGAAACACCUUCUUGCUGCCCAAUCUGCAAGGCUUGAACCUCGCGACAACACAAUACAAUGGCAUGGGGAAUCGAUUCAAGAACAUGCCCGGCUAUCAUAACAUAAUCAAGGGUCACGCUAUCGUCGCAGCCAUCACUUUCCUAGGCGUUAUACCAGCCGCCAUAUUCAUCGCUCGAUUCUACCAUCGCAAUCCACGCUUAGCUCUACGACUACAUAUUUGGCUACAAAUUCUUACAGUAGCUUUGUCGACUGUGGUAUUUAUAUUGGGCUUUCAAGCGGUUGGGCUGAAGAGGAGCUUGACAAAUCCCCACCAUGGCAUUGGUGUUGCAAUUUACACUUUAAUUCUCAUUCAGGCAUUUGCAGGCGGUUGUAUUCAUAGGAGUGAGAAGGGAAAAAAUCGUACCAAGAUACCUCUCAAACUAAUGCUUCAUCAAUGGUUUGGUCGCGCAAUUGCAAUUCUCGGUGUCAUACAAGUAGCCUUAGGGCUAACUCUCUAUGGGUCGCCAAAAACCCUGUUCAUUCUCUACGCCAUCUGGGGAUUCGUCUUACUUGCUGUCUACUUCAUUCUUACCUACCGAAAUCAACCCGAAAUCGGCUUUAAUGACCGUGGAACCUAUAUCAGCGAACGAACGGAGCGGACGGAGCGGAGUCGUCACGGAAAGCACCGCGGCCUCAAGGCUUUAGCUGGAGCCGGUGCUCUUGGAGCUGGUUUGGCAGCAUUGAGGAGAAGAUCUCGAAGUCGUAGUCGCAGUCGCAGUCGUACUCGACCUGGCCAUAGCAGGCCGGACGUCAUUGGCUCUCAUCGCAGUUCUCGCCACUCCGAGUCUUUCGUGGACGAGGAAAAGUAUGCUGAAGACGGCCAUCGUAACGGGAAACGAACAUGGAGAGAUCGUAUCUUGGGAGCUGCUGCAGCUGGUGGUGCGAUUGCAGCCGUGAGGGGUCUUAUGGGACGCAAGAAACGCGAUGAUGACCACUUGAGCGACGUAAGCUACGGUCGACCACUUGGCGGAAACCAUUCCGUCAGUCAAACCGAUUUGAGCAGGAUCGAAGAGGGCCUACCUCCGGAAUCGCCCGCGAACGAUAGGCGACGCAGAUUCGAAGAACAUAGCAACAUCCCGCCUGCUGUGUUGACUGGAAGCCCACUUCGACAGACUCACCGGCCGCGAAGAAGCGAAGCCUCGUUCGAUUCCUACGACAGCAGGACCAGUUUCAGUGGCGAAGACGCUCGGCAUGACGGCGGUGCCGCUGAUAGUGGCGGUCAUGGCUUGAGGAACGGUAUCCUUGGUCUCGGUGUGCUUGGCUUUGCUAGACACAAGUGGAACCAGCGGAAGAACAAGAGAGACGAGGAGAGAGUUGAAGCUAUGAGACAAGAGGAGAUUGAAAAAGAACGCAUAGCUCGAGCAAACAGUAAUCGGAGACACUAUACCGGAGACGGCGCCCCUGCUCGAAGAGGCAGCCGAAGAGGCAGUCGGCCUCCACCCCCAGAAUCCUCGGUGGGUGACUACACAGACAUCACCGGGACUAAUCCAGCACUCUCACGACACACCCUUCCACCACCGCCUAUGAACUUCCCGGGGAGCAGGACCAAUGUCACGAACCCCCAAAUGUCCUCAGGAGGCUUAGCCAUGCCACCAGCACCUCAUGAUCCCCAGGCGAUUCUUCACGAUUCAGGGUCGGAGGCCUACACAUCAGCAGGUGGUGGCCGUCACCACCGCCACCAUGCUGGCCGCGAUGCCGCACUAGCUGCUGGAGCUGCCGGACUUGCAGGGGCGGCCGUAGCAUCAUCGUCUCGUCCAGGCCGUAAUGAAAGCCGACGACGAAGCAGCAACAGCGGAAGCGUCGCAUCUCCACCAGUGUCGGUAAAGGUCAAGAUGCACAACGAUGGACGGCACGUGACUUUGAGACGCUUAGGUGAAGAAGAAGCGGCGGCAGAACGAGAGCGAAAGCGAAGGAAUAAUAGGGCUGGCAGCGUGAGCUCGUUGAGUAAUACUGGUGAUGAGCGGUGGCGGCGCACCGAGGCAAUGGAAACAGCACAGGCUCGACAAGAGCAGCAACAACAGCAGCAGCAGCAAGCGCCUAUCCGCAUGCCCGAGCCGACAAUACCAGGUCCUCCCCCGAUACCUCCUCCACCACAAAUGUCACAUGCUUCUCAGGAGAUGUUCAUACCGCCUCCCCCUCCUCCCAUUCCGGCGGCAGCUGCGAGUGGGGUGAGCAGCCCACCAGGAACGCAAACGUAUGGGACGGAAACAGACGUUAGCAAUUACGAGAGCAAUCGUAGGAGACGGCGGGCAGAGAGGGCACAGGCGAAGCUGGCAAGGGGGAGCGGCAGCCGUGUCGAGUUCUCUUAGGCUUUGCUCUCACUGUAACUGUCUAUGUUUGUAUCAAAAAAGGCCACGGGUAUUGUUGAUUGGGGUUAGUUGUUUUCCGCAAGGUAUUGUGGAGGUGUCCGGGAUCACGAUAGGUGUAUGGCAUGCAUAUGGGAGCAAGGCGUUUGGGGGUUCUCUGUCUAUGGCUGGACUUUUCUCUGGAUGGCCAGCCUUGCUUUUCCCACCGAGGUUGAGAAAAGGUUGUAGCCGGGGUGGACAUACAUGCCUCCGUAGAUAUGUACAAAUCUUGACGAAUCAUUUGCAAGCUCGACAUCCGAUAUGGGCGAUACGCG